UCUCUUAUAUAUCCUCCAACUCUCUAUGUAACCCUCUAUCCUUCUUUACAUUUUUCUUGAAUCGUUUCAUUCAUCACAACACAACAAACCUUGAUUCCUCCUCUUUCUUCUCUCUCUUUUCUUUCAUUCACUCCUUUUGCAUAAGCACACUCUCAAGCUUUCUGCAAAAUGGGAAACUGCUUGAAAAGCCAAUCGUCUUGCAGAUAUGAAAGUGAUGAUGAUGAUGAUUGGAACUUUUUAGCAGAUAAGGGAUCUUUUGGUGCUAACACCACAACGGAGGUGAAGAUCAAGAUCACCAAGAAGCAGCUUGAGCAGUUGUUGAGCAAAGUGGACGUGAGGGACUUGAAGGUGGAGCAGGUUUUGUCUCAGUUGAUGGAUCACAGUGGAGGCUUCCAAUCACUUCAAAGGCCAUGGAGACCAGCACUUCAGAGCAUCCCUGAGGACAUUUGAGACCUUCAUAUAACUAUGUAGCUUGUUAGAGAUGUGAAGUUCAUGAAUUUGGAGUUGGAGAUGAUGAUGAUGAAAAAGAGAAUUGGCUUGUUGGGUCAAUCCUGAUUCUUGUGAUCAUCCUGAUGCAAGAGUUUUGAGGUUUACAUACUGUAUUUUAUAAGGGAAAACAAGGGUGCUUGCAGGUGCUUGUAGAUUUUGUUCUCUGUACAUACAAAACUAUAGGGAGUGCCCUUUAUGCUAUAUAUACUUUUUUAGGCUUGUUUCUUAGUUUUCUACUUUUCCAUUUUGUUCUUCAUAUUUCAUGAGUUUCUUGGAUGUCAGAUUAUUUGGGGAAAUGGAACGAGUAUACUUGAACACUUUUAUCAGAUAUAACACUGUUUUAUAAUCAGAAUUGAACUUAUUGUUAUUAAUCUGCAUUGAACUCUUAGAUAAGACAUAUAUGGCACUGUUUUUUAAUCAGAAUUUGAAUUUUACUCUUAGAUAAGACAUAUAUGGCAUUACUUCCAACUUAAACUUCAAUUUCGUUGUUUUGUUUUUCUCAUGGUGAAUGGUCUGCUGCA